ACACCAAAACCCAUUAUGGCGAUGAAAGGGUGCAUACUCAUAGGCCUUCUUGUUCUUGUUUCCUCUUUCGCCAGCACCAUCAAUGCUGAAGCUAUCACUACCAGUUACGGCAUUUCUACACUCAACAGGACCAGUUUUCCCGAAGGUUUCACUUUUGGUGCAGGAUCAUCUGACUAUCAGUAUGAAGGUGCAACGCCGUUGGAAGAUGGUAAAGGAGAGAGUAUGUGGGAUUAUUACGUCCACAAAUACCCAGAGAAAAUACUGGAUGGCAGUAAUGGAGAUGUAGCUGAUGAUCAAUAUAAUCGCUUCAAGGAGGACUUUGUGCUUCUGAAGGAUAUGAAUGCAGAUGCAUACAGAUUCUCAAUCGCAUGGACCAGACUGAUACCAACCGGAAAGAUUAGUGAUGGUGUGAACCAGAAAGGAAUCGACCACUACAACGAGGUCAUCAAUGAUCUCCUAGCCAAAGGUCUUACGCCCUAUGUGACACUCUUCCACUGGCACGUCCCAAUGGCCUUAGAUGAUGAGUAUGGCGGUUUCUUAAGUCAAAGCAUUGUGGAAGACUUCAAGGACUUCGCAGAGCUUUGCUUCAAGGAGUUUGGUGAUAGGGUAAAGCAUUGGACCACCCUAAACGAGCCUCAUAUGUUCACCAAUGGUGGAUAUGCAGCAGGGGUUUUAGCACCUUUUAGAUGUUCGAGCUGGCAAAAUUUGAAUUGCACCGGUGGGGAUUCAGCGACGGAGCCAUAUACCGUCACCCACAAUCUGCUUCUUGCUCAUUCAGCUACCGCAAACUUGUAUAAGACCAAAUAUCAGGCAGAGCAAAAAGGUGUUAUAGGGAUAACACUUGAUUGCGAUUGGGUGGUGCCAUAUUCUCAAUCGGAGAAAGACCGUGCUGCCGCGUUACGUGACGUUGAUUUUAGGUUCGGAUGGUACAUGGAACCCUUAACAAAGGGUCGCUAUCCCCUCAGCAUGCGUACGCUUGUAGGUGAAAAGCGAUUACCCAGAUUCAGCGUCAAUGAAUCGGAGCUGUUGAUCGGAUCAUACGACUUUAUCGGAUUAAACUACUAUACUACCAAUUAUGUUGCUGAUAAACCUGAAGAUAACUCUCUGAACAAAAGCUACUUAACAGAUCCUCGGGUUGAAAAAACAGGUUCGCGCGACGGGGUCCUCAUUGGUCCACAGGCUGGUUCAAGUUGGCUCUAUGUCUAUCCUGAAGGAAUUUACGGUCUUCUUGUCUACACAAAAACCAAGUACGGUGAUCCAGAAAUUUACAUCACUGAGAAUGGAACCGAUGAGGUCAAUAAUGCCUCAAUACCUCUAGAGGAAGCUCUUAUGGACACCCCCAGAAUUGAGUAUCAUUAUAAGCACCUUGAGCAGGUUCAUAAGGCUAUUGGGGAGGGCGUGAAAGUAAGGGGAUACUUUGCUUGGACAUUCUUGGACGAUUUUGAAUGGUUUUCUGGUUAUACGAUUCGAUUUGGCAUCCACUUUAUCGACUAUGAGAACGGAUUGAAAAGAUAUCCUAAACUUUCAGCACAUUGGUUCAAGAAUUUCCUCAAGAAAUAGAAAUGAAGAUUUUUGCAUUACGAAGUACCAGUCCCUAUCAAACUGGGUGGUCUAAGAUCAAUAAAUUGAGCAUAUAGCUCUUCUCAAUGAAUAUUGUACUUUUUAAUAAUGUAAUUUUCUUUCUGAAUUGGCUGAAACGCUUGCAGAAUAAUAAAUUGCUCUACGGAUUAUGCGUGGGUUGUCAAAUUUUCA